CGGAGAUCCCUGUGGCUAACAGUGUUUUCUCUGUUGCACUAUCUAGUCCACGCCGCAACGUGAAGUGGAAGAGCCAAGAUGAGUUUCUACGAUGACAUUUACCCAUUCUACCGGCGACAAAGGACCCCGUUCAUCUUCAGUGGACGCUUGAUCGCUGUUAUUCUGGUUUUUGUAGUGCUUGCAUUGAGUCUUCUUAUUAUACUCCCAGGAAUACGUGGGAAGUCAAGGCUGUUUUGGAUGGUCCGGAUACUUAUCAGCUUGUUUAUAGGUGUUGUUAUUGUUGUUCUUAACUUCACUAGCGACUGGGCUGAAGCCAAAAUGACCACUAAUGCCACCUACAAGUCUUUCAGCAACGCAGUGGUUAAUGCUGACAUCGGCUUACAUGUGGGCCUCUAUGGGAUCAAUGUUACACUCAGAGGAAAUCCUGUGGAGCAAUUUAAUGAAACAAUCAACUACAAUGAGAUGUUUAGCUGGCACGAUACUAUGGAUCCUGAGUACGAGAAUGCCCUGUUACGAGGCCUACCUGACCCUAUUCUAUACAUUGUUGAAAAGUUCACCCUAAAUAGCCCGUGUGGUCUCUUCUUCCAAUAUAAAUACUCUGGACGCUAUGCCUCUGCAAUCCUAUGGACUGCCUUUUGCUGCUGGAUCCUCUCCAACAUCCUCUUCUCGAUGCCUGUUGUGCUGUACGCUGGAUACAUGAUGCUGGCCACGUCUGCCUGUAUCUUCAUUUCCAUGGCCUCAUUCUCUGCCAUCAAGAACGCUCCACAGUGUGUCUUUUCCAUUGGCACAAACUCCCUUGUGACAGAGUACAGCCAUUCAUUUUGGCUAGCCUUGGCUACGGGUCUUCUGUGUGCUGCCAUUGGGAUCCUGGUUGUGGCAUUGUAUUUUUUGAUACCAGACAAAUUAAAGGAGGCAUUUAGUGCUAGUGUGGACAUAGAUGAAGAUGAUGACAGUUUUUCUAGAGAGGGAUAUUUCAACGCUGUUUUCCUCGAUGGAGUCAUAGUCACGCCAGCUACAUCCAAAGGACAUAUAUGA